UCGCCUCCCGCCAGCCGGAGCUCGGGCUUUGCACCCGGCGGCGACUGAGAACGGUGUCUGCUGCGGAGCCGGCAGCGCAGGCGGGCGGAGCGGAGCUGCCCGGCCCCGUGGCGGGCGAUGCCCCCGUGAGCUUGUCUCGCCGCCCCUCCCCGCCCCGCGUGCCUACCCCACUCGGAGUCCGCGCCCGCCUGGGGCCGGGCCGCGCCUACCGCCGGGUCCGCGGGGCGGGGUCCCGGGGCAGCACCUGCCCCGCCUUGCGGAGCCGCCUCGGCCUGCGGAGUCCCCCCUUCCUGUCUGGACCCCGGCCCCACCUCCGGAAGUUGACUGAAGCCUUGUACAGAUGCCCUAGGGGUGCGCUGUUGGGAGGAGCACAGCCCCCUGUGAUGCGGAACACCAAGCUCUGAUUCAUCAGUUAGGAAUCAACCCUAAGGAAAUGAGCAGAUAAAAUCAGUAUAGAAAGGUAUUUGUUGCAGUAAUUAUUUAAAGGAAAGAGAGACGGGAGAAACUUGGACCUGAUCUCCGAGAGUUGCCAGAGGUCCUGCCGCCCCAGGGACCAUGUUUAACGGGGAGCCAGGUCCAGCCUCAUCCGGGGCCUCCAGGAACGUGGUGCGGAGCUCCAGCAUCAGCGGUGAAAUCUGUGCGUCCCAGCAAGCUGGGGGCGGGACUGGGACCACCACUGCCAAGAAGCGGCGCAGCAGCCUGGGCGCCAAGAUGGUGGCCAUCGUGGGCCUGACUCAGUGGAGCAAGAGCACACUCCAGCUGCCCCAGCCUGAAGGGGCCAGCAAGAAGCUGCGCAGCAACAUCCGCCGGAGCACAGAGACGGGCAUCGCUGUGGAGAUGCGGAAUCGGGUCACGCGCCAGGGCAGCCGGGAGUCCACCGACGGGAGCACCAACAGCAACAGCUCUGACGGCACGUUCAUCUUCCCCACCACCCGGCUGGGGGCCGAAAGCCAGUUCAGCGAUUUCCUGGAUGGGCUGGGCCCAGCCCAGAUUGUGGGGCGACAGACGCUAGCAACGCCACCCAUGGGGGACGUGCACAUUGCCAUCAUGGAUCGCAGUGGCCAGCUGGAGGUGGAAGUGAUUGAAGCUCGGGGCCUGACUCCCAAACCAGGCUCCAAAUCCCUCCCAGCCACUUAUAUCAAGGUUUACCUGCUUGAGAAUGGGGCCUGUUUAGCCAAGAAGAAGACAAAGGUGGCCAAGAAGACCUGUGAUCCACUGUACCAGCAGGCCCUGCUCUUUGACGAGGGGCCCCCGGGCAAGGUGCUACAGGUGAUCGUCUGGGGAGACUAUGGCCGCAUGGACCACAAGUGCUUCAUGGGCAUGGCCCAGAUCAUGCUGGAUGAGCUGGACCUGAGUGCUGCGGUCGCCGGCUGGUACAGACUCUUCCCCACCUCCUCAGUGGCAGACUCCACGCUCGGCUCCCUCACCAGGCGCCUGUCCCAGUCCUCCCUGGAGAGUGCCACCAGUCCCUCGUGCUCCUAAGGAUGUCGGGAAGAGAGGCUGGGAUGGUGGUGUGGGAAGGGGUGCCUGCUGACCCCACCUCCUCCCCUGUACAUAGUCUCCAUGUCUUUCUGGCCUCCUGUCCUGCUGCAUGCCUCUUGGCUACUGGGCUUGUCCCAGCUGGCAGUGGAGACUGUGGUGUGUGUGUGUGUGUGUGUGUGUGAGUGUGUGUCCGUCCACAUUCUAUCUGUUCACCUGUCUGGGUACAGUCAGACCUGGUGACUACAUGGGCUGAAAUGUCUUCAUGUCUCUUUGUGUCUUGUUGAAAAGAAACCCAAAGGAGUGUGGUGGGGACAUGACUCACCCUGAGGGGUCUCCAGGGGUGGAGGCGGUGGAUGUGGCCACUGGACGGUCCUGCUGUGUUCAGGAACCAGAGCAGCGCCUGUGUGUUCCUGCUCGUGCCCGCUCCUGGUGGUCUCCCCAUUGUUUUCUGUCUUGUCUUUUGUUCCGCCCUUGCCUCUCCCAGCACCGCUGCUAUUUCCUGAGGAAUGUAGCACCCACUGCAGCUGGCCAUACCGAGGCCCCUCUGGGAACCCCCCCACACACCCUCCUCCCCAUGUGAGCUGCUCGGGCAGCUCUUCCUUUGUCCACUGAAUGUGUCCUGCAGCAUGUAGCAUGCCAUCCAGCACCCUGGCCAGGGCCCCGGGGGAGGCAGAGGAUGCGGGGUGCUGGGGCUUGGAGACCAUCUUCUUUGUGGGGCUGGAACCACCUCCUUCCUACAGUGAGCCACAAGGAGGUCUUAGUCCCCAGGGCAGCUGGCCAGGUGCCCCCUGAGCAUUUGUCCUUCAUCUCCUUUAUCUCUUCAAGUCUCCUCCUCUCCAACAUGCCAAAGGAGCUCUCCCAGCGGGACCAGGAGGUCAGCCUCAGAGGGGAUGUUACCUGCCAAAGCAGACAGUCCCCUCUAGGCCCUGAGGGUGGCCCUGUCCCCCUCUGGGCUCAUGCCUGGCAGGAUGUGACUUGGUAAGGAGGUGCUGAGAGCAGGGCUUUCUGCUGGAAUAAGCCAGGCUACGGCUGACUUGUUCUGAGACACCGUUGAGAAUCCUGCCUGACCUUUGUGAUUAGCUGCAUGAAAUUGUUCAUUUGCGGUUCUAUGUUUUGCUCAUUUCCAAACCAGGGUCCCUGUCUGGGAGCUCAGACUCACAUGGGCUCCAGCCUUCUGGCUCCAUGAGCAGCCUGGCUCCGGACUCUAGUCUGCCACCGUCACCAGCUCUGUAUAAGCAAUACUUCCCCCUCGGCCUCCCUGUCCUCUCGCGCUCCACCACUGCCCCAGAAAGUGGCCUGCCCAGGCACCUUGCCUGCCUCUGCUUUCUCCCCCACCCUGUCUGGUUGGAGCUUCUCGCAGCUACUCAUACCCUGACUUGAUUUGACCGCUGGGCCCUGUUGGUGGGGACCAGUGCCUGGGCUGGACCCCCUGUGAGGUAUGUUUGCUGGGAAUCUUGACGUCUGGCUCAGGGAUGCCCAAAUCUGUCCCUCUCCCUCCUCGGGCUCUAGGGUGAAAGGUGAAAGGUUGCCCAGGAGAUGGGCAGAGCAGCCCUUGGGUUCAGGGCUUGGGGGAAAGCUCUCUUUCUCCCUCUUCCUGAGACACCAUCCCCAAGUGCUAAAAUGACUGUGGCCCAAGUACCUGAGGCAGGGAGGCGCCCCCCAGGUAGCAGUGGAGAGGUCUCAGCCUGGUGCUGGGCCUCCAUCCAUAACCAAAGUUGGGGGGUGGUGCCUGGGCCAUCUCAGCCCAAAGGGCCUCCUUGCCUGGCAGGGUUGCUUGUUAGGCUGAAGCCAGAGUCACCACCCUCCCAGGGAAACUAGGAGAAGCCAGGACCCCACCUGUCCUGCCCACAGGACAUGAGGGGGUAAGGGCAGGAAGGAAAGAAGCAGAGUUAGCUCCUGGGCUUGUCUCCCACCUGAGCCUCCAUUCUGGUAUUGUCAGAGAAGAGAACCACAGGGUGCAUAGAGGAGUGGGGAAGGCAGCCAGGUUGGCUUUUCUUUUAGCAGAAAUGCUCUCCCCAGUCCCAGUGCUCAGACUGGGUAAUGCAUGCCUUUCUUGUGUUCCUACCAGUGGGGCAAAGGGCUCUGUAUUCCUUGACCCUAGUGGGGGGAGGAAACUCGCUUGCAAAAGGGUAUUUUUAUCUCCUAUUUGUGAGGUAUUCACCUGUAGAGCAGUUGCUCUCAGGAUGGUAUGGAAACACUCCACAUCUCUGGAGUGAUGGGAUUGUUAGUGAUCUGCAGGGUAGCGUAGAUGUUUGCUAGUGUAUCACCAAGGGUGAUACCCAGACUGUAUAGUCACCCCCAGGAAAUGGGGGCUACCAACACAAUACUCUCCUCUCUCUAGGGGUCCAGGAAGGUGGGGAGCUGCCCAGCAGCAUGGCUGCCACUGGGCAGCUCUAGGCCACAGUGCCCUUUGACUCUGGGGGGCAGUUAGCACAGGGAAGGAAGGGUCUGGCCAGAGGAGGGGCCUGAUGUGCUGGUAACUUGGGCUGACCCGCCUACAAUCCCCAGCUGUCAGAAUGGCCAGGCGUUGGGCCACCCCACUGUCCCACCUUGCUAAUGGAAGGUAACUCCUCUCCAAAUUGACCUUGGGGAAUUAUUCUUCUUCGCCAAAUAAAUUACUAAUCCCCACCUAUAUUUCUCCCACGAGGGUGAGGAUGUGUGAGGCUGCUGUGCAUGUGCGAUGGGAGUGGCUGAAUUUAAGAGUUUCUCAGCAUCCUGGAUGCAGAGGCUUGUCCGAGAGGCCACUCUGGAGCUAGUCUGUCCCAGACGAGGAGCGUGCACAGGUGUGAUUCCUGGCCUUCCCUGGGCUGGGAGAGCAUGUGCUCUUUGAGGAAGGGAUGGUGGGGAAGGAAGGAGCCUGAUCCCUCCAGAGUUCUCUCUACCUUGGGGCCAACUCACUGCUGGGUUCAGUGUCCUGGCUCCCGACAUGUCCCCUCACCCCACAUGAAAUCCUGCAGUGGUUACAGGAUGGGAAUCUUUGUCAUUCCAUCUGCUCUAGUCAGGAGGGUCAUCACAGAUGUGACAGAGACAAGAGUGGCCCUGCAGUGAUGCUGGGCUGUGGGCAGGGACAGUGAUGGGUGACUCAGAGCAUCUGUCUUCGUAGUCUGUUCAGUCUGCCCCACUUUCUUCACAGACUCCUUUUUCCUGCAGUGGGCUUUGGUAUGAGGCAGGCUCCAGUAAAAGGAGCCAAGUUUUGGUUUGACAAGGGGAGUUUGAUCCUUCAAAAAGAACCAUCUCCAAAACUCCUCCCUACCCCAUCUCUUCUGCCACCCAAUUCUAUGAGGAAAGGAGCACUUAGGAGGCUCUUGGGACUAGCAAGUCCCAGGCAAUGCCAGCAUUUCGUGGGGCUGAGGCAGAACCUAGGAGCUCCAGGGAAAGGGCACCCAUGGAGCUCAUCUCUCGUGGAAUCACUGCCAGUUAGAGCACUGAGGUCAAGCCAGGCCUCCUGGGGGCAUGACACCUCUCAGGGCAGCAUGCCUGACCUCUUCUUUACUGCCAGCCUUGAGGAGAGCGGAAGCCUCCAUUUUUAAAGACAAUAAAGACCUCCAAGGGUAUUUCUUUGGAAAUGAAAUGUAGCACAAUCUCAGCUUGCGUUCCCCGGAGCCCUGAUGUGCAGCCAGGGUCCCUCCUGCAGGCCCUGCUGCCCAGGAGAUGCCGAGCUCCUCUUCCCCUGGGGCUCCAGAGCUCCUAAUACCUCAUACUCUCCCCACCUUCCUCAGCCCAGAGCGCAGCAGGGCUUUAGCAAGGCUGCUCUUCUGUGUUCCUCUGACUGCUUCUAGCACUGUGCAAACUCUGCAAGAAAUUAUUGCUGCCUUCGCUCGAUGUUGUAGACGAGUUGCUCUCCACCUUGGGGAGAGAUGGCCUGUCACUCGGGGCCAGGAGGUUGUCCAGCAGUGUUUCUGCAGUGGCCGCAGGGUGAUGGAAAAGAAGAGGCCUGCUUCCCUGCCGCCUCCUACCCUCCUCUUCCUCUCCUCAGAAGUUUCUUCUCCAAUAUCCUGACACAUAAGAUUCUUUAAAAUGCUGCUUACUCUACUGGACUGUCUUUCACUGAGUGAUCAGGGAGGAGAUGAAAAGGUGGACACAUCCCCUGCCUUCUCCCUCUCAAGUCUGCUUUUCGCUUAGCUCAGAAGAGGUUGGGGCAACACAAGCAUGCCUGAAGAGCAGGGGAGCCCCCCACAAUCAGGCGAGGCCUGGCAGGGGCUGCACUGGCCUGGUCUGGCUGGGAAAGGGUUAUUUUGAAAGCGUGCCUGAGCAUCUCAGAGCAAUGUCAGUGAUGCCAAAGAGAGCAACUUGGCCUCCUUGGGCACCAACUCCGCUGGCUGAGCUGCACAAAAUGUGGCUCAGAUGUUGGCGUGCCCGAUGGUGGGACCUUGUUCUCUGACAAAGGGCUUAAUCUUUCCAUGUAGCAAAGCAACUCCCCCUCCCCCCAACCCUGAGCUUGGGCUUUUGUGGGCCCGGCAUGGCUGUGCCUGCGAGGGAAGCCACAUCAGUGAGAGAAACUUGCAUUCUCUCUGGGGCCUAGACUGGCGUGGGGCAGGUGCUCGUUGAAAAAUAUAAGUGUUUCUGCUUUGGGAAAACCAGGGCUCUGGAAACUUGGCCCGUAAGGACAGGGCCUUGGGCCUCCCAAGGAGUUCACGCUGAUGCCAGGACCCUUCUUGGGGUCUGGGUCCCAGACAGCUUGGCUACCAGAAAUGGGACCUGGGAAUUUCAGGGGCAACUGAGCAUCUGCCCCAUAGACAAUGGCCUGGAAAGGGAUAGCUGGCUAUAAGAAAUCAAAGGCUGUUCUGUAUAGUUUUGCCAGAAGCCGUGACCUUGGGCAAGACUUCUCACUUUUCUGGGACUCAGCUUCCUCAUCUGCAAUAUCAGCAUUUGCCAGUUGCUCCAUGGUUCCCUCCAGGUUUUAAAAGUCUCUGAUCCGGAGCUGACGAGGGUUGCCAGCCUGGUGCACCUGGUGCCCGGUUCCAUGGGCUGGUUUCUUCCAGCCCCUGGUGCCCCCACUGGGCGCAGGUCUUCAUCUGGUCCGUGCCCAGAUGCUGCUUCUGACAAGAACUCUGGGAAUCCUAACAGACCCUGCUUUCCCCUCUUCGUGGUUUGUCCUCCCUCUUUUACGCUUGUGUAAUGACGAGAGAUAAUUAAGGGUUAUCUACAAUGGACAAUUUUCAAGGUGCUGAUGUGAUGUCACAGACUCAGCUGCACCCUGAGUUAGGUCAGUGUCCCCACCAGCAGAUGAGGCCAGGUCAUUCCUCAUUUCUGCUUCUAGGGUGGUAUCAGUGGGUGAGUUGAAGAUCUGAGAAUUUUAAAGGAAAUGCUCUGUGAUGGGAGGAGAGAAAGAACUUAGUUCCUUUCAAAAUAUUUUGCUCCUUAAAACCACUUCUCCCUCCAGAAUGCCUUUUACCAGACAUCACCCCAGAAGGCAGAGUGGCUGCUUCCUUUGGGAAAGCAGGCCUGAUGGCUCUACCAACUCCUUCAGCAUGUAAACUCACAGCAGGUGGGAACCCCUUUUUUUAGAAUUUCCAAAUGCAUCCUGCGAAGAGAGAAGAUAGCUGAUAGGGACUGACAAGCACACUGUUUAGAUAAGAAGCAAUUAGCCUUUUAUAUCUGUGCUCUAUACAUUUUCUAUGUGCAGCAUCUUUCCAAACUUGUGGUUCCUGGGUGGCAGGUGGACAGCUGGGAGGGACUGCCGGCUGUUUCAUACAACGUUCUUGCCAAUUCCCCUGGGAGAAAAUUCUUCACAUGGCUUCUGCAUGUACAGUAUUUGGGCAGCAAAACAUGAUUAAAGUCAUUUUGAAAGUGGU